GUCUUCGGUUCUUCGUUGAUACGAAAUUUGACGGGAAGCUCGCCAAAUCCAGAUCCGUCUUUUGGAUCUUCCGCCAUCACCAUCAUCAAUACUAUCCAUCUGCCACCACAAAUUUAGCGCCCCUCUGAGCUCCCUUUAUAAGCACCGGAAAUGCAGAACUUUUCUGGUCAUGCUGCUUCCCGGCCUUUUCUUCUGUACUACUCUGGCUCCUUCAUUUCCCUCAUCUCCUUCUACGGACGAGAAUGAUCUCCGGGGCGGCUCUUCUCCACAGACCCACCUCGAAAUUCUUCUCCGCUCGUCCUUACCGGACCAAUUUCUCCAGACCCAGUUUGCGUAUUCGGGUUUCUACGCCCGAAUCGACCGGCUUUCGUGGAACUAGGACGAACGCGAGAGCUGGACUUUCGUCGAACACCAUGUCUACCGAGUCGUUCAAGUCGCCUGGAAUUAGUAGGGGGAGGAACGAGGAAAGUAUGGGAGUACAUCAGCAGGAAGUUUUGGUCAACGACUCUCCCGCGUUUCAAGCUCUAUCAAUUGACGGCGGUGGACUGGAAGCUACCCUCAAUAGCAUGAGCAAAUGGUUAGUAUCUGCGUCUUUUGGCGCUUUCUUUCUGUGGAGGCACGAUGCAGAGGCGCUGUGGGUGGCUACAGGUGCUGUCAUCAAUUCGGUCCUGUCAGUGGUACUUAAGCGGAUUCUGAACCAGGAGAGGCCAUUUCCUACUGCGAGAGGUGACCCUGGAAUGCCUUCUUCACACGCUCAAUCCAUAUUCUACAUUGUUACCUUUGGCGUUCUCGCAACUGUUGAAUCGCUAGGGGUGAAUGCAGUUUCAGUCAUCCUCACUGCAAUAUUUUUGGCUAGUGGCUCCUAUUUUUCAUGGCUACGAGUAUCGCAGAAGCUACACACAGUGAACCAAGUGGUGGUUGGAGCAGUAGUGGGUACAGGUUUCUCAGCUUUGUGGUAUUGGCUAUGGAGUGAAUAUAUGUUUCAGGCUUUCAUUUCAUCUGUUUGGGUUCGGCUGGUGGUUGUUUUGGGCGCUCUUACAUUCUGCGUCAGCUUCAUCGUCUAUGUUAUUAACUACUGGCUUAUUGAUGAUUAGUUCUCUUAUCUCUCUUCAUUCUUAGUCAGUUUUUAAGAAAAACUAAGAUAUCAGCUAAUAGACAAGAGGCUACAGAAAAUCCUGUAGAUCAGCUGAUAAGAUGGACUGGUUUAUCCCAGGACAGGGUUGUAAACUUGUAAUGUAUUCAUGUAAAAUAAUGUCUGCAUGUCCUUGUCAAUUGAUGGCAAUGGCUAAUUCUUUCCAAGUUCUGUACACUAUCAAUCAGAGGUGCAAUUAACAUUGUCCACUUCAUGUAAUACAUCCUUUGCCCAUUAUACAAUACUGGAAUUAUCUUGUUUGGACAGCAGGUUUAGAAGGACAGAGAAUCUCACUCACACAGAACAUCGAAUUGCUCAAUUGGUUUAAGUAUCUCAAGCUCUAUUUGACUACUCUUUGCACUUGUAACGCGGUCUUGAGAAAAGCGUGGUCUUGAACUCUUGAUAUAGCAGUAGGCUUGGCAACUGGGCCCGAAUUCCGGGUGCCCGCCCAAGCCCGAUCCGUCUCAUGGCGGAUUAAAUCUGUUUGACCGGAUUGUUGGCGGUUUUCGGGGAACCCAAAACCCGCUGUAGCCGGACGGUGAUGGUUUUGAUUGAUAAGAUUAAGAGAAAGAUGGUUCAUAGAACGCAAACCACUCUCAAGGGAAGUAGAAAGCUUGUAGUUGCGUGUAAUCCUUGUUUGCUGUUUCCAGUCACUGCAACUGCAAGGAAGGAGCACAAGCCGUAAGUCUUCUUAUAGCCUUACUCAGUGGAUUUUGCAAAAUUUUGAGUGCUUGUUGCAUGUUUUUUUUUAUCCAAGAUAAGCCCCGAGGGCAUGGCCGAACAACAAAUAUAUAUAACCGACAAAAUUAAAGAACGGUAGCCCGUAUGCAACCGGACUCCCGAUGAAAGAGCCUUAUAUGCCACGAGGUGGGCAGCUCUGAGAAAGCUCCGGGGAGCAAAAGGACACGAAACUGACACAGGGUACGAGAAGAGAGAAAAUAAACUUCCCUUAUAGUGAUAAGACUUCCACGAUGCCACAUCACCAAUGCCAGUUGAGAACCUGGGAGGUCAACGGAAUCAGAUGCAUAUCCUUGAGCAUUCUUUGUGGCCCAAUCGAAACGAACGAUUACAUCUUCGCUAUGGGAAGAUUAUACCAUUGAGCCAUCGUCGGAAAUUCAUAUACAACAACAAAAAUAUGUAUAAAACCAACGAAAUUGAAACAAAUAAAUGAGUUAACGAAAA